CUUCCAUUUCGAUCCAUGUAAUCUAUUGUUGUAUUAUUCAAGUCAUUAUUAACCAAUUGUUGUUUGUUCUUGCCUUAGUUCGAUUUGAAUAAAAUUGUAGCGAUAGGGCAGCAAUUAUCACAAUCAGCUGUUAUAUUGCAUUUUUGAUGAACGUCAUCGCUGUCAAAGGAUUUGUUUAGAAUCGCAAUUAAUUGAUUUCUCUUUGUGCAGUUUUCCUUAUUUUUACACAAAAACGUCUUCAAAUUUCAAAUUUUUGUAUAUUCAGCAAUUUAUUUAUAGCAAAGUAAACAAAUAUAGACUUAGAGCAAGAAUGCAGUUAAAAUGUGCUAGAUCGCAAAAGUGAUAAGGAUUAAGUGUAAAAGGAGAAGUAGUAAAACUCGAAAACCUCGAAGUAUCCAAUUCUCAAGAUUAAAUAUGUCGGAGGAGAGCUCAGAAGAAGCAUUUAUCAUAUACAGAGAGGGUGUGGCACAGCACUUGCAGUGGACUACGGUACCGCCUUUGGAGCGACAACCCGCUGUGCGGUUAUGUGCUAUAGAUAAUUCUGAUUUACUUCUACUUCUCACCGCUGAUGGAUCACUCUACAUUGCCAAGAAAUCAACCCAUUCCAAUAACACAUUGCAUUUGGAAUUACAUCGGCCGAACAUAGUGGAUGUAGCUUAUUGUCGCCAGUUGACGCAGCUUUUUAUUGUGACCGCAGAGGGUGAAGUGUUGGUGCAAACUCUAAAGAAUACAAGCAACGCUGAUUUGUGCAAAGAUAAUUGGCAGACACUAUCCUUCGAUCCUCUUGAGCUCUGCGAAGAGGGCAUCUGUAUUGAGCGCGUAUGCUGCGCAGCAAGAGGUGUGAUCUUUGUAACACGAUCGGGAGAACUGUACGCCAUGGGUAGCUGCGGUGAUGUAUUUCACGCAGAAGUGCAGCCAAAACAUUUACGUCUCAUUGGAGAAAAGAAAGAUAUAUUGGAUCUCGUCGCAGGGGAUGAAUUCUUUGUUUUACUUCUACAACAGAAUUAUCCAGCUGAUGAAGACCCAUUGGAGAUCUUCAUUAACAAGCGUCAACUUAACUAUGCCUCAUCUUCAAAUAAUUCUCCUGCAUCUGCACGCACACGCACUAGUAACCCUUUAGAAGCUGAGCAUUCAAGCCGUGAAGAUGCUGCAGACAAAAAAGUUGAGCUCAAUUCCAACUCCUCGGUUCGAUCAUACAGUAGCAGUAAAUCUAGCCACACUCAACAAGACGACCUCGACUAUAAUCUGCGUGAAAUUCUCAAACAAGGCUAUUCCUUGGUGCAAACUCAAGUAUGCACUUUUGGUUCUGAAAAUGGUGGCCUACUUGGCACUGGUGAUCACAUCAAACGGAGCACAGUGAACUACCUGCAAAAAUUGGAAUCGCUGGGUGUAUGUAGCGUUGCAGCGGGAAGAGAACAUAGUGUAGCACGCACACUCGAUGGCAGAUUAUUUCACUGGGGCCGCAAUUCGCAGUUACAAUUAAAUAAUCAGAAAGAACUGUCUGAUAUAAGUUCGCCAACCGAACUGAAAUUGGACAAAAUAGAGUUGGAAGUGACGCAGCGGAAUAUUCUUAACGCCUGCUGCGGUGACUUUCAAACUGUUUUGCUGAGCGCUCGUGGCGAAAUACAACUAAAGGAGCAGCAACUAUCGAGCUUCGAACAACAUUUGUUGACGCUGAACAUGCGCGACGCUACUGAUCGGAAAACUAUUCCUCUGCUGCUGGCGUCGGCCUCCUACACACUACAGAAUCGUCGUAAAUUUCAGCGACAGUUUCAUGCUUAUUAUACAGGGCUGCAGCAGCAACUAAAAGUCUUGUUGGUAUACCGACAUGGCAUACAAAUGAUUGAGCUUUUCCAACAGAAAAGUACAGCCUUAGUGCUUAGGCAGCUGCGGCUUAUAUGCCAAUGCUAUCAUAAACUCUUGUACCUGAUUGCUUGUACGUUAAGAUCAUUUGAGAAUUUUUACCGUUGUGAUUUUACAAACCCCACAGAGUUAGCGUUCGUGAAGAAUUACCGAGAAUGUAUUGAGCUCUUUACACAGUAUACCAAAGCUUAUUGUGACCUUUACUCCGUCGAUGGUUUUACAGAGGCGUCGAAACUUUAUAGCCAAUUGUCGAGUGUGCCCCUACUGCCGGGUCAAUGGGAACAUAACGUCGACUUGGUGCGAAUUUGCCAGCAACCUUUUCAGGUAUUCCCCCAUUAUGUGCAAUUUCUCGAACAACUCAUUAAGUCACGCCCUGAGUAUACGGAACAUCAUUUUGCCUGGGACAGUUUUGCUCGGCAACACCGUAUUGACAUGGAGUUGGCCGAGAAUACAUUGGAGUUUUGGCAGUGUAAUGAAAGAAAUACUAAGAUUCGACAUUUUCGACGUAAACAACGCCGUGUCGUACUUACCUCAACGACGGUGCCACUCAAAUUGGCUCACACCACAAUGAGCAUGUCGAGCAAUACCUUUAUCUUAUUCUCUGACUGCUUCUGUCAGGUUAGCGGACAACUUCAUACCUAUCCUCUUGUAACGCUCUGGUUGAAGAUGGAAAAUGACACGGCUUUACGGAUUAUAACGCCAGAGCGUACUUUCACCCUUUUAGCUCGCACACAUUACGAUAAAAAACUGUGGUUCGAUCAAAUCGAGUCGGCUGUUAAAGCGGCUUUGGGGCGAAGUUCGGACGCCAAGUUGUCGAGUAUGCGCACCACUGCGUAUGUGUUCAGUCGCAGUCAUGCUAAAUACCCCGCCGUGCACGCUUAUGGCUCGUGGAGAGAUGGCGUGCUGCAUGGAAACGGCUACCUUGAGUAUCCUGAUGGUCGAGUAUACUUUGGACAAAUACGUAAUGGCGAGAUAGAAGGCUAUGGAAAAAUGGUCAUACCAUCGGUUGGGCUCUACGAGGGCCACUUUAAGGCGGGUAAAUUUCAUGGUCACGGCACUUAUGAGCUCAAAAACAACGAUGUCUAUGAGGGACAUUUUCGUGAAGGUCUUUUCCACGGUCAUGGCACUCUCCGGAGUAACUUUUUCAUUUACGUUGGCGAAUUUCAGGCAAAUUCUAAAUGCGGUUAUGGUAUAAUGGAUGAUAUGUCGACUGGUGACAAGUAUAUGGGCAUGUUUGCCGAUAACAAACGCGUCGGAGCUGGUAUCUGCAUCACAAUGAAAGGCAAUUAUUUUGAGGGUUUCUUUUCAAAUGACGAACUCGCUGGGACGGGCAUUGCUGUGCUGGAAAAUGACCUCUACUACGAAGGAGAAUUAUCAUUGCACGGGCCCAUCGGAAAGGGAACUUACUAUAUGCCUACAGGAGCAGCGGAUGUUGAGGAACCUGAUAUAAAUGAAGGUGAUAGCUUUGCGAAUCGUCAAAUGACUGGUAAUGUGCUUAGUGGCCAGCUAGGGGGCAGUUGGAAAGAAGUGCGGAUCAUCACUGGAACAAUGACCAUGACGAGGAAUUUCCCAAAAUAUCCAAAAUCUAUUGGCGCACUUGUCGUGGACAAUAGUCGCAAAUGGCGUUCGUUGUUCGAAAAUUUCGAAGAAGAUGUGCUUGGAAGCGCUGCCGCCAACAACAACAAGAAAAAAUCCAAUGACAGCGUGAAUUCAACGAAAACGCUGUGGAAUCGCAUUGCUGUGUACAUGCAGUCAUAUCGCGAACGUGAACGUAGCUUGGAACAACAGAACUCUGCAUAUCAAUCGACACGUAGUUAUUUUGGCAAAAACAUAUCUCUCGGCUACUCCAGCAGCUUCGAUAAGCUCAGUCUCAAGUCCACAAACAGUUUUUUCGCUACUGCGAAGUCGAACAUACUGGAUUUGAGUAGCAGCCUCACGGACUCACGACGUUCGCAAUCACAGGAGCUGCUUUACGAGAGUGAUGUAAACGACGUUGACUCUGUAUGGGGCCCGCAAAGUCUCACGCAUUAUAACAGUGAAGACAAUAGCUCGAUAAGCGGUUUGUUCAGCGCACAGAUAAACAACUGGCUGGGUGACGGAAAUGCAGCCAGUUUGCGCUCAUCGCUCGAAAGCGUCGAUAACAUAGGCGAAAGCUACAAUAACAACAGCUUUUCUACACAACACGAUCUUGAAAUCGUGCCGAGUUUUGGCAUGACCACGCUAACCGAACAGGAUGUCUCCGCCAUCAAGGAUUACUUGCAGCAAGCGUUCAAGGAUAGCUACCAUCCUUUACACGAGCUGAAUCGGCGCAUAGCGAACUGUUUCUAUAACUCGUAUGGCUGCUGGAAAAUGAAGCCAACACCCAUACUGGCCAAGCAAGCGAUGCUGGAAUGGGAGUCUAUCUCGAAGCGUGUCUACAGGUUUGUGCAAAAAAUGUUUCCUGCACUGCCCGAUGAGUACUGUGUAAUAGAGAACACGCGCGAAGUAGUGUCGCACAUCACACUACUCUACCCGAUCGUGCUGAGCGAAGGCAUAUACUCGACGUUAUUUGUACUUUAUGCAAACAAGUGCAGUGUGAAGGACGAAAUGUACAGACAGAAUUUGAUUUAUGCAGAGAAGCUUAAGGACGAAGAACUGGCCGCUUGCCUGGGGCUAGAAAGCUCCUUCUUACCUAUUGUGCAACACGCUUGCUACGCCGAGGCAAUACAAACUUUCAAACAAAUCCAAGAAAAAUACAGCCCCAAAGCGAUGUUAACUGUGAUAGAGCAAUGCAUACAACAGAUAACCGAUGCGCACAAAACCGUUGCUAGUGUGAACUCUGUGAUAUUAGCCGCCGAUGGCAUGAUGCCACUCACCCUCUUUCUGGUGCUACGCGCGGCCGUACCACAUUUGGGCGCCGAGUUAGCCCUGUUGGACGACUUAACCCGCGGCACUAAUUUCCAAUUCGAGAUGAAUGGCAUUACUGGCUAUUGCUAUACGACACUAAAGGCUGCCUACGAGCAUAUCACCGCUGUGCCUUUAAACAAGUUGUAAUAUGGCGCGUCAAAAACUAUAUUUCUCUCUGACAUACACACACACACAUGAAAGAAAGCUCAUCAAACUCAAAUCAUUUUAAGAAUAUUCCAAAGCUCCUCCAGUCAGCAUAAUUUGACCGUUAAUGGCCGUAGUGUAAAGUCUGGAAUCUUAAGUUUAAAGACGAAUAGUUUAAAAAAUCAUUAUCUGAAAAGUGUUACAUAAAUAGGUAUAAUUAAAAAAAUGUAUAUGUUCUACUACCAGUACCACUUGCAAUGAGCCAACGUAAAUUUUGCUAGUGUAUAAGUAUUAGGUACAGUUAUAAUUAUAAGAAAAAAUAUAUAUUCUUAAUUUUAAGUGCAUACAACGCAUUCCACUGUUUAAAAGAUGUGAGCAGGACUUGGUUUUAGGACUUAUUGUAACGUGAAUGCAGCGACCUCCAUGCGAGAGUAGAUUUAAAAGUUAAUGGUAUUAAAAAUAAAUAAGAAAUGCUACUAAAAAAUAA